AUGGAGACUGUUCUGGACUUGGGGUUGGACACGAAUCUGGAGGAUAUGGAGAAUUGCGACAUCUCAUCAUCCUCAACCUCACCCGCUGAUCACAACAUCGACUUGUUGGAGAUCGAGAUCGGCUAUGAGGCCAUGAACGACCUGUUGUGUGAUGCCGGCAACUUCAGCAUCCGCUGUGAAGCAGAUUCAGAGCCAAUCAUGGAGCAGAGGGAAUCAGUUCAAUACGAGAGUCAUGAUUCCAAUAGGGCCGAGGCCACGAGAGAGUCGAUCAUGCCGUCAAGCAUAGCGAAGGAUCCCGUUGAGGUCUUCUCCCAGGACUUCGAGGACAGCACUGACGACAUCGAGGAUUCCCCAGACUUCGCUGCCUCCAGUUUCCCUUUCUCCAACUGCGCUCCAGACUCCCACAUAGAUUCAGCUUCGUCCGUGCCAGAAGCUCAUCCCACCAAGACUGAAUCCUCGUGUUGCAGACCGUCACAAGCGGCUCUCAAGCUUAAGAUCCGAGAAAACAUCAAGAAUGGAGUGAGCAAACUUCAGAAAGUCUGCGCGUACGAGUUUUGUCCUUCGCCGUUGCAUUCCAACAAGUGGCGCCUGGUAACACCAGACACAACAGCUGGAGGGAGAGACUGGCAGCCUCUUCUCGGCAUGACUCUGUGCGACUCUUGCUACUCGACAUAUAGGAAGCACGGGACUUUCAUCAGGUCUGUGCGAACGGCAGAAGGCUGGGCGCGCUUCGAUGAGAGGAGCAAGGAAAAGAUUGUCGACUUGCAGAAGGUGAAACCGUCAGCCGGUCAGAAGCGUAGUAGAUGUGCCCUGUCACAAACGUCAGCAGCAAAAGAUCUUGUUGGCAAGUCACUGACUUCACGUUGCGCUCCAAGACCAAAAGCCGGAGGCGUCCUGGUCGACCAAGAGAUUUUCUCGAUGGAAGGGAGGCCGAGCAGGUUCAGGAAGCCAAGCAUCAAGCUUGUGGAAGCCAUCGAUGCCGGCAGCAAGUCAAAGCGGAGGCGAGCAAAUGCGAACAGGGCGCAGAAGUCCGAGUGGCCAUGGGGAGGCGUGUGCCCGGACACGGUGCAGGAGCUUGUAGGCGAUGUGACGGCAGAGGGGGAGGGAUUGGAUGGAUUUGACUGCCGAAGCGUCUUGCCGCGAGAACUAAAUGAUUCCGUGUGGGGGAUGGCAGAAACUUCACCAGACGACGAUUUCUUUUAG